GCCGUUAUGUGCGCUGUUAUGACCAUGUGAUUCGCGCGCUCAUAAUACAAUCGACAGGUGCUUUCGAAGCGUCCGAAUAUUUUGGCGACAAAUAAAAUAUCGGGUAUAUUGAUUCAUAAUUACCCGUGUGUAGGGUUGACUGUGCCUAUCUGUGGUUAGUGUUUCUAUUGUUUGAUACUUAUUACCAACGAAAGUUUUCGAUUGGUUAUGAAUAACUGAUAGAAACAAAGUUUGGCCUAAGAUGUCGGAGGGCAAAGUCUUCCAUACGGCGACUAUUUUACUGUACAAUGUGACUAGGAAGCAACCUCCAAUCAAUUCAACAAACAGAACCGCCUUAGAGGACGAAGAUCAAAACAACUGGUGGGCUCUGUCAGCAUUAAUUCUUGCAGCAGGUACAGCAGCAGGAAAUAUACUCGUGUGUUUGGCCAUUUGCUGGGAGAGGAGACUCCAGAAUGUCACCAACUACUUCUUGAUGUCAUUGGCCAUCACCGAUCUGAUGGUAGCUAUAUUGGUCAUGCCGUUAGGAAUUCUCACACUUGUACGAGGUAAUUUAUUCGAGAUAGUAGUAGCCACCGCACGAUACUUCCCGUUGCCCUCAAUCUACUGCCUAGCCUGGAUAUGUUUGGAUGUGCUUUUCUGCACAGCUUCCAUUAUGCAUUUAUGUACCAUUAGUGUUGAUCGAUAUCUGUCGCUCCGAUACCCGAUGAAGUUUGGGAGAAAUAAGUCUAGACGGAGGGUCACAUUGAAAAUUGUUUUUGUUUGGCUCCUGUCGAUAGCGAUGAGUCUUCCUCUUAGUCUGAUGUAUUCUAAGGAUCAGGGAUCGCUUAUAAUGGAUGGCACCUGCCAAAUUCCUGAUCCUUUGUACAAACUCAUAGGAUCAAUUAUUUCUUUUUAUAUUCCACUUCUUGUGAUGUUGGUGACCUACUGGUUGACAGUGAGACUACUAGCCCGUCAGCAGAAGAACUUGGGGGCGCCAAAUUGGAGCAGUAAUUGGAUGGGUGGACCAGCCAACACUGCUUUUGAUCGACGUUGUACUUGGAGAAGAUUGCUGAAUGCAACGAAAGCCAAGAAUGCAAACAAUCAUUGCGCCAUCAGUAAGAAUUCCACCCCUCAACAUGCAUAUUCAGCGGCUUCUACGGACACGGAAGUAACAACAAUAGAUACUCAUGAAUUGUGGAUUCAAGAAUCAGAACCUACGCCUUGUGCUGUUUCGGCAUUGAGUGCAUUCGGUGCCGAAAUGUUAAAGUUGUCCAGAAGCCUGGAAGCUGCGUCGAAAGCGAUGGCCAAUAGCAAGAAAAAUCCCGAUAUCACACUCAAUAGCAAUAUGUUAGAAGUGGGAUCGGAUAGACCUGCAAGUCGAAACUUAACGCUUUCCAAUUCUUCCCUUCAUAAUUCAACAGAAGUUGUCCAGUGGCCAUUGAAGAGGCGCAGGGCGUCAACAUUUCACGAAGGUGAUACAAGAGAUGAACAGCCAGUGCGAAAAUUGCCAAGAAAGAGAGGAUAUAGUCUUUACGAGUUACCGAAGUUCGGAGCAGAAGAAGAAAUUCCGACAACGUAUCGACAAGAUCUAUGUGAGAAUUCAUCGUUUCCGCUACCUCCACCCUGCACAUGCCCUUAUUUCGGUGAAAAUAGAAACGAUAAAUCACCAACCCCAAAACCUACGGAAAUCAAGAUUGUUCCUAGCGACAAAUUGAAUCCAGCUGGUAGAUUUCUAUUGGAUCCAAACAAGCCUGUUAUAAUGACUCCCAUGUUGUCGCCUAGCAAGAGAAGUUUGAAAGUUUCGCCGAAAUCUAGUAGUGACUCCUCGCCUAUUAAUGUCAUAGUCACUUGGGAACCUUCGAAGAGAACCCACAGAAGAGGUUCAAGUUUCGGUCAAAUAAGAACUUCAGCAUAUUCCUCGCCGAGGACUCCGACGUCGCUCCGUCGCUCAGCCACUUUACGUCACAAUGGAAACUCUUUAGGACUCAAAGAUCGUAACAAGAACCCUUCGUCCCCAUGUCUCUCACAAAAGUUCGGAUCGUACACUUCCCAGCAACCACAACCGAUGAAUAACAGGAGUAUUCGUUCACAUCACAGCCGAAACUCCAGUGUAAUAUCGAGAAAUUCGUCAAGGCACGGCAGGAUAAUCAGACUUGAACAGAAAGCGACGAAAGUGUUGGGUGUUGUGUUUUUCACGUUCGUGAUACUUUGGGCGCCCUUUUUCAUACUGAACUUACUUCCGGCGUUCUGUGAAGAGUGCGAGAAGAACCUGGACAACUGGGUGUUUCAGCUGGUCACCUGGCUGGGCUACGCCAGUUCGAUGGUCAAUCCAAUUUUCUACACGAUCUUCAACAAGGUGUUCAGGCAGGCUUUCAAAAAGGUGCUCACUUGUAGGUAUAGGAAAACCGCCUGGAGACCUCACAGAUGACAAAUAAAGAUCGCGAAGAGAAGGAUGAAACUAGCGAAUGCCAUAAAGCAACAACAGUUGUAAGAAAUACUCAUGUUUGUGUGUUGUAUAUAAAGAGAAAGGUCUGUAAGUGAAAGUGAAUUUG